AUGACCGCCAGCAGCCUGACCAGCCUCCUCGCCCGGGCCAGCAUAGAUGACCACGCCGAGGCCCUCGCUGCUGCCGAUGCCACCCUCGCCUCCGACCCAAAGUCCCUCCCCGCGCAGCACACAAAGGUGACAGCCCUGCUCCGCCUCGAGCGCUACGACGAUGCCCUGCGCGUGAUCGUGGCAGGAGGCGACGCGCUCGAGAGCCGGUGCGCCCUGGCCAAGAGUUACGCCCUCUACAAGACAGGUGCCCUUGACGAGGCUUCGGAGCUGCUAGCCAAGCACAACCAACAAGAUGGUGAUGGAGAUAAGAGAUCCGGCGGUAGAGCGCUGAGGCACGUCGCCGCCCAGGUGGCUUACCGCGCCGAGAGGUUCGACGACGCCCUGCGCCUGUACGAGGGCCUGCUCCGGGACGAGAAGGAGGAGGAGCGGAGCAACGUGGGCGAGGACACCGAUCUCAAGAUCAACCUGCUGGCGGCGCACGCGCAGCUCGAGUGGCAGGGAAGGGGGGACCUGGUCCCCGAGAAGAGCAAGAAGCCCGGCCGGGAGGACCUCGAGGCCUUCGAGACGGCGUACAAUGCUGGCUGUGGGUGUGUGGCCAGGGGGGACCUCGCCAAGGCUUCGAUACUGCUCAAGAGGGCUGCCGAUCUGUGUGAUGCCGCCGAGGACCUGAGCGAGGACGACAAGAGGACCGAGAUGCUGCCGAUUCUCCUGCAGCAGGCCUACGUUCUCGCGCUGAUGGGCAAGAAGGAGGAAGCCGCCGCCCUGCACAGGGGCGUGGAGGACUACGACAUUUCCGACGAUGCCAUCAGUGCCGCUGGCAAGUGGAAUGCCUUGAUCUCCAAAUCCCUUACCAACCCUUUCAUGGUCCAGAGGCUCUCCGAGCUGAUACCUGAAGCCAAGACGGGCAACGGCAAGCUGUUCAGCCACCAGACCGUAGGCGUCAUGCGCAAUCAGGCCGCGAUCGACCUGCAGUGUUAUAAGCCAAGCGCUGUCAAGAAGCGCACUGCUCACCUCAUCAAGGCCGACCCGACGCCCUCAACAGACCUAGAGAGGGUGUCGUGGGGUUACCUAAACGCGGCGGCCAAGGCCAAAUCACAAGCAGACAAGGAGGCUCUGACAAAGGUUGUCGAGCUCCUGGAGGAGCGACCCUACGAUGUCGGCCUGCUCCUGACCGUCAUACAACUCUACGUCCAUGCCAAGAAAUACGACAGCGCCAUGGACGUCCUCCACAAGUUCUUCAAGUACGUCGAGGAGGCUGGCGAGGCCGGCCACCAAGAUGUCCGAUACGCGCCUGGCCUGGUCUCCCUGGCCGUGGCUCUGUACCGCACGCAGAACCGCAAGAAGGAUAUCCGCGAUGAGCUCGGCCGGGCAGCAGCGUACUGGCAGAGCAUACCAGAGAAGUCCUCGUCGACAACCUUGCUGCGGGAGGCGGGCGUGGAGCUCCUCCAGUCAUCGAGGCCAGCCGAUCUGACCACCGCAGGCGCUGCCUUUGAGAGCCUCGUGUCACAAGAUCCAGACGACCGGAUCGCACAGGCCGGCUUCAUAGCGUCUUAUGCAACCACCGACUACGCCAAGGUCGAGCCGCACCUGUCAUCCCUCAGCUCCGUCGACGAGCUCACGGCAGGCAUCGACAUCUCCGCCCUCCUAGACGCAGGCGUGCCCGCCUUCCCGGUGCCCCAACAACCUGCACCAACUAGGAAGAAGCGCAAGACAGAAGAAGGCGCCGAGGCGGCAUCAGCACCACCCGCCGCUGCCGAGACCACGACCAUGCCAAGUUCCCAGCACAAGAAGAAGAAGUCACGCCUGGCCAAGAACUACGAUCCGAACGUCAAGCCGGACCCGGAGCGCUGGGUGCCGCUGCGCGACCGCAGCAACUACCGGCCCAAGAACAAGAAGGGCAAGAAGAAGGCGGCCGAGUCGACACAGGGUGGGUUCGUGGCCGGCGAGGGCGAGAUGUUGAACCUGGCGGGCGGGGCAGGCCAGAUCAAGGUCGAAAAGGCGCCACAGGGCGGGGGCGCCAAAAAGAAGAAGGGGAGGAAGUAA